AUGGAAGACGGCGUGAAGCCAACAGUUGGUGCUCAACACCGCCUUAACCCAAUUAUGAAAGAGGUGGUCAGAAUAAAAGUUAUGAAAUUACUUGAUGCAAGUAUGAUUCAUCCUAUCUUGAACAGCCAAUGGGUACAACCAGAUCCUGAUUGCCCCGGAGGACCAAGAGAAGACAAGUUUUACAUGCCUAUUUGGGACAUUUGCGUAUCGAAGGAUGCUGUCUGGAUUAUGCAAUGCACAUGCAACGGAAUUGUCUUGGGACAUUCGAUUUCUAGCAAAGGCAUCGAGGUUGACAAAACAAAGAUUGAAGUUAUUGUAAAGUUGCCGCCCCCUACAUUAGUAAAAGGUGUGAGGUCUUUCUUAGGACACGCAGGUUUUUAUCGUCGAUUCAUUAAGGAUUUCUCCAAGAUUAGCCGACUUUUGUGCAAUUUAUUGGCUAAGUAUGCACCAUUUAAUUUCGAUGAGGCCUGUUUAGAAGCGUUCAACAAGUUGAAAUCACUCCUAACUUCGACACCCGUCUUUGCUACACCAAAUUGGGGUUUACCAUUUGAGCUAAUGUGUGAUGCGUCAGAUUAUUCUGUCGGGGUAGUUUUAGGGCAGUGGAAAGAUAAGCUUCCCCAUGUCAUUUAUUAUACAAGUCGUACUCUCAAUGAUGCACAGCUUAACUAUGCAAUUACAGAGAAUGAGUUGUUGGCAGUUGUGUUCACACUUGAGAAAUUUCGAUCUUAUUUGGUUGCGGCUAAAAUAAUUGUUUAUACUGAUCAUGCUACAUUAAAAUACUUAUUGUCUAAGAAGGAUGCCAUGCCUAGGUUGAUUCGUUGGGUUCUUUUACUUCAGGAAUUUGACCUAGAGAUUAAAGACAAGAAGGGUAGUGAGAAUGUUGUGGCUGGCCAUUUAUCUAGAUUAAUUAUUCUAGCAGCUAUAGAGGCAGAUUCUCUACCAUUGAGUGAAAGGUGUGGUGCAUCUAGAUUUUUCCUUCCAGCAGAAAAAGAAGUUUUUAUCUGA